UGGAACACUACUUUCCCUUGAGGGUCAGCCGUCUUGCAGCUCACCACCAACCGUGUCGGGUACAGGCCGAGGGUAGCAAUUCAUUUGCUGACUAUGUCUGUGAUUGAAUGGGGUCAAGGUCAUGAUGGACGUAGAUGCCAUCGACGAAUCAGACGGAGCACCGUACGGUACGGUAAGCUUGUCGUGCGACAGGUGGCUGUCCCAGAAUUCGAAGCUUCCAUUGCGUCCGAUGUUCAGGCCUUCAGCUCUAUAUAUUCAGGCCAGAUACUCCAACAAUUCUUUUUUUGACCGUUCCUAUGUCAAGUUACAGCCAAGACAUCACCUAUAAACAUAAUGAGCUGCAUAUGA